GGCUUCCAUGCAGCGAGACGCGCGCAUGUUUUCAAAAGAAGACGCAGAAGAAGCCGUGAAUAUGGCGGAGCUGGAGUCCCUCAUGCGGAAAGCCCAAGACCAGGUCCAGCAGGCAGUGCGCGCCGAGGUGUUUGAGGGCAACAUCAGCAAGGCCGUCACCCUGUACGCCCUCGCCGGAGGAGUCUACAUGGACGCACUUCGAGAGGUGCGGGCUCGCUGUACCAGCUGCAUGGGUCGCCUGCGGGCGCUCAAGGACUACGCGACGCCUCGGCGCCGUGCCGCUGCUGAAGCAGACACAGAGGACGCUGCUGUGCGGAGACCGGAAGAGUCCGAUUCGGGAUCCGACGACGAUGAUGAGGAGGCCGGUCUCGUUACUGGUCCCGACUAUGAGAUGAUCUGUCACUUGGAAGGCGUGCUGAUACUCGGCAAAUCCUCCUGCGGACCCUGCAGUGACACCGGCCUGGUCGAGCUCGUCCCCAAGGCAAGCAAUCGACCCAUGACUCCAAUUGUCCUUUUGACAAGGAAUCAGUAUGUGCUACGAUUGGCAGGGCUGGCGUCCUCCCACUCCCGGCGUCGUUCCCGCUCACCCGACCGGCGCCCCGUGCGAAAGGUGCUUCUGUACGGUCCUUCGGUGACGGGAAAGACGUGCUUGGCCAGUGCCAUCGUGGCACGUAACACCAAUGCCACCGUCUACUACGUGUCAACACCUGUGCUGCUGAACAGGUGUCGCCUCAGGGGGGACGUCGUGCUAGUUCACUCGCUCUUCGACGACGCUCUACGCCGGUCACCGUGCGUGCUCUGCUUCGACGACCUCGACGCGUUGUGCAGCCUCCCAAAGUCGCCAAGAGACCAGGAGCGCCUGCGGGCCCUGAAGUGCGCCUGGCUGGAGCGCGUGUCCCGGCUGCCGUCCAAGGCGGGCCCCGUGCUCGUGCUGGGCGUGAUCAACAACCCGUGGCUGCUGGACGACGACGUACGCUCGCAGUUCGAGCGCAUCCUGUUCGCGCCGUUGCCCCAGGAGGCCGACCGGCUGUGCCUGCUCAAGCAACUCGUGCGCAGCCCCGCGCUCACCGACGAGGACUACAGACUGCUGGCGAAGCGCACCGAAGGUUUCACGAGCACCUUCCUCGCCAUGCUGGCGGCGGACGCACAGCGCAACGCACGCGCCGUGUGCGAGCACGUGUACGACCGGGCCGUGGACACGUCGGGCGCGCUCAAGGUGACCCUGAGCGACAUCCUCACCUCCAUGGAGAAAGUCGAACUGCCCGAGUCUGUGAGCCGCAGGAGCAGCGUCACCAGCUCCAAGACGGAGUCCACCACAGUCGCGCUGCCGUAGUGCAACAUGCAGCGACCGAAGGGGGGGCCGUAAGCCGCGACAGGCCGGGUCUUGGGGGGGAAAAAAUGUAUCGGUGAGGCUGGAGAUACACGGCCCAUCGCUGUCUUUUUCAUUUUUUCCUUUCUUUUCUGAUUAAAGUUUCUAGAAAAAAAGAAAGAUGAGUGUAUCCGCAUGUUUGUAGUGUUUAAAAAUUCGUUA